AUGUUUGGCAAUGAGAUGGUACCCAAAAAACCUGGCAUGUUGAAGGGUGCUCAAAAGCUGCGAUCAUUUCUUCUGUUGGAUGGGCAGAGAAAUAUCACAAAGCUUUCCAAGCAUUUCUUUUUGAGCUUUAAAUCUAUUCGAGCUUUAGAUUGCAGCGGUAGUCACAUAAAGAAGUUGUCUAAUUCAUGCAACCAUCUGACACAACUUCCAGCAGAAAUUAGAAAGUUGGUGAACCUUAAACAUCUGGAUAUAUAUGGGUGCACAUCCUUAAACAUGUUACCUGGUGGCAUUGGACAGAUGAGAUCCCUUCAAACGCUGCCAAUUUACAUUGUUAGCAAUACUGCUGGUAGUGACAUCUCAGAAUUGCAGAGGCUUGAUCUUCACGGGGAAUUAAUGAUCAAGAACCUUGAGAACUUGUCCAAUGAUAUAUGUGCCAAAAAUGCAAAUUUGAAAGGGAAGAAGCACAUCCGAUUUCUAAAAUUAAUAUGGGAGCAAGUUGAAGAAAUGGAGACGAGAGAAAAUGUUGAGCGAGUUGUUGAGAGCCUUCAACCAAAUUCUGAUUUGAGGAAGUUGCACAUAGAGGGUUACAUUGGUGCGAAUUUCCCCAGUUGGUCGAUGACAACAUACUUGGUACACAUUGGGGAACUCUCACUUCUCAAAUGUCACAGGUGCGUGGAAGUGCCUCAACUAGGGAAGCUGCCUUUUCUUGAGGUUCUCACUGUUGAUGGAAUGGAUUCUGCAAUGUAUUUCUGCGGUAGUUAUGGUGAAAUGGAUUCAGCUAUCCAUUUUGCAUCACUGAAGCAACUGACUCUCAGGAAUAUGCCCUGUCUAUUGGAAUGGUCAGUUAAUGAAGAUCAGGGUAUUCUUGCUCGUCUAAAGAAAUUUACGUGA